AAAACCCACCCUACUCCCUCCUUCUCGGUUGUCGGAGCCUACCGGUAGUCCCCUCCCUCCUCCGCGCGGUGUCCUGGGUCCGUCUGCGAGCGGCCCUCCUUCGCCGCGAUGGAAGACGACGGGCAGCCCAAGACACUCUAUGUAGGAAAUCUUUCCAGAGAUGUGACUGAAGUACUUAUACUUCAGUUAUUCAGCCAAAUUGGACCCUGCAAAAGCUGUAAAAUGAUAACAGAGCAUACAAGCAAUGACCCUUAUUGCUUUGUGGAAUUUUAUGAACACAGGGACGCAGCUGCUGCAUUAGCUGCUAUGAAUGGGAGAAAAAUUUUGGGAAAGGAAGUAAAGGUUAACUGGGCAACAACACCAAGUAGCCAGAAAAAAGAUACAUCAAAUCACUUCCAUGUGUUUGUGGGAGAUUUAAGUCCAGAAAUAACAACAGAAGACAUCAAGUCAGCAUUUGCUCCUUUUGGUAAAAUAUCGGAUGCACGGGUAGUUAAAGAUAUGGCAACAGGAAAAUCUAAAGGAUAUGGCUUUGUAUCGUUUUAUAAUAAAUUGGAUGCAGAAAAUGCAAUUGUGCAUAUGGGUGGCCAGUGGUUAGGAGGUCGACAAAUCAGAACUAACUGGGCAACACGGAAACCGCCUGCCCCUAAAAGUACACAAGAAGUAAAUAACACAAAACAACUGAGAUUUGAAGAUGUAGUAAAUCAGUCAAGCCCUAAAAACUGUACAGUCUACUGCGGAGGAAUUGCCUCUGGAUUAACAGAUCAGUUGAUGAGACAGACAUUUUCACCUUUUGGACAGAUUAUGGAAACAAGAGCUUUUCCAGGAAAAGGCUACUCAUUUGUGAGGUUUUCAACUCAUGAAAGUGCAGCACAUGCCAUUGUUUCAGUAAACGGAACUACAAUUGAAGGCCAUGUUGUUAAAUGCUAUUGGGGUAAAGAAUCGCCAGAUAUAAGUAAAAGCUUCCAACAGGUGGAUUACAGUCAGUGGGGGCAUUGGAGUCAAGUGUAUGGGAAUCCACAGCAGUAUGGACAGUAUGUGGCCAAUGGGUGGCAAGUGCCAUCUUAUGGAAUGUAUGGACAAGCAUGGAAUCAACAGGGAUUUAGUGUGGAUCAAACACCAUCUGCAGCCUGGAUGAGUGGAUUUGGUGCCCAGCCUGCCCAGGGACAAGCAGCUCCUGUAAUACCCAAUCAGGCUGGAUAUGGUAUGGCAAGUUACCAAACACAGUGAGCUGGGACUCUGUUUAGAAGUGUGAUUUCAAGAUAGGUUUCAAUUUCCAGUGAUUAUUCUGAAGCCUGGAAUAUAGACAUUGGCGGGGAGGGAGGAGAGAGAAUAUUUAUUUUGAAAAUUGAAAAUGUUUGGAACCUUCUAGCACAGCAUUUGCUUUGGUGAAGGACACAAAUGUCUUCUAGUUAUGCCUUUUUAAGUUUUGUGUUCAUGAUGGAUAUGAACAUGUUUUCUUUAUGUACAAAAUUUAAAAUAAAGUCAAUAAAGACAGUUCUGACUACAAAUGUUGGUAUGUUAGGAAGAAAUAUUUAACAACCUGAUUCUUAGAUUACCAUUCCAUUUUUUUUUGUCUUCAGUGUUUUACAUCACAGAUUUUAAGAAAAAUGACAUUAAAGAUGCUUUUAGUUGAACAGUAAAUCCUGACGUUUUGGCUGUGGACCAAACAUUACAUCAAAGAAGACAGUGUUUUCUUCAUUAACCACAAAACCAUCAUUAAGAAGACAUACUCAUGGAAAUAGCUUUUUUUCCACAAAUUAUUUUUUCCCCAUAUGUUUGAAGAAACCGAAGUCUGGUAUAAAUAUUUCAGUCUUUGCUGAAAAACAGUGCUAUCUGCAAUACUUGAGCAAACACUUGUUAACCACAUUCAGGAGCAUAUUAAAUCUUUUCAGAUCUUGUUUGCUUGAAGUGAAAAAAAAAAUUGCAUUUCAUUUUGGGGAAGCAGUUUUUCCCCAAAGUAUGGUGCUUAAGCAGUCAUACUUGUACUUUUACAUAAAAGUUUGUACCUAACUGCAAUGUUGCAAAAGCAUGCUCAGAGAUAGAAGUAGCAAUGUAAUUAUUCAAAAUAAUACUUAAUAUGCUCUGCUGCUAUAUUUGCAGUGGAUUGACAAGAAUGUGAAAGACUGACACUUCCAAAGUUGGCUACUAUGUAAAGUGACACAACUAUACAAAGAGCCUUAAUUCUUCAAUACCUUUUGUCAUUAGAAACCUGAAUUAUUUUGCUUUCUGUUACUCAGUAUGUAAAUAUUUGGUUGAAAACCUUGUAUACCUACUUGACGGUUCCUAUAAGUUGUAUAGUAACUGAGUGUUAAAAAAAAUUGGGGAUGUUUUUUAAAUCUAGAAAUAUUUAGCCCAAGAAUUUUUUUAACCAGAUUGUUAAAAUACCUUAUUUUAGAAAUUCCUCAAUGUGCCAUUUGGUUAACAGAAAUGCAGUUGAAACAAGUAUACUGAGCUGUGGCUUAUUCUUAGUUAAAAUGUUUUGGGUUUUUUUUAUUUUGGGGUGGCUUGCAUGUGACAAACCUGUACAGAGGCUGGGUUGUUUGUGCACCGAGUAUUACUGGGAUAAAUCAUGAAGUUGUUCAAAUGGUAUACUUGGGUUAUUUCUCACUUAUUUUGUGGAUACACUGACACAACUGCCUCAAUAAAUUUUGAGUUGAAAACGAA